AUGGACGAGGAACAUCUUCACGACGAUCUGCAUGUUUUUAAAGACAGAAACUUCUUCCAGCAGAAGCUGAGAUCCUUUUUCACCGUCUACUUGUUGCUGGUCCUCUCCUUCUUCCUGACCAUCACCCUCUUUUCUGUGUCGCUCUCCAGAGUUUCAGCCAUUUCUUCCAAACUCAACGAAGUGCACCGGGAACGGAAACAGAAUUUUUCUGGCAGGGAUUUUCUCUUGUUUCCCUGCGGACCCGGCUCCAGGGAAUGGGAAUAUUUCGAUGGAAAAUGUUACUACUUCUCCCUAACCAGAACGAGCUGGUACAAGGCGAAGGCUCAGUGCGAAGAGAUGCACUCGCAGCUGGCCAUCAUUAACAGCUACGCCAAGCAGAAUUUUGUCAUGUUCAGGACAAGGAAUGAGCGUUUCUGGAUCGGGCUCACGGACGAGAAUUCGGAAGGGGAAUGGGAAUGGAUCGACGGGACCGACUAUAAAACCACGUUCACAUUUUGGAAGGAGGGAGAACCGAACAACAGCGGGAACAAUGAAGAUUGUGCCCACGUCUGGAUCUCCGGGAAGUGGAACGACGUUUACUGCACCUUCGAGUGCUACUACAUCUGCGAAAAACCUCUCCCCAACUAA